UUCCCAAGCAAACAUGCCUCCGACUUGGCUGGCUUCUUGGUGGCUCUUUCUCCUCUUGGGCUGGGUUUUGGGGGUCUCUUCUCUGUCCCAGGAGGAGGAAGAAGAGGGAGAGGGGGCCCUGGGGGCCCAGGAGGGUCCCCCCACCGUGGUCCUCGCCAUCCUCGCCCGCAACGCCCAGCACUCCCUGCCCCACUAUUUGGGAGCCUUGGAGCGCAUGGAUUACCCCAAAAGGCGCAUCUCCAUCUGGUGCAGAACUGACCACAAUGUGGACAACACAACUGAAAUCCUGCGUGAAUGGCUUACUGCAAUGGAAAGCCACUACCGGUACAUUGAAUGGAGAGCUGUGGAGGAGCCAAGCUCUUACCCUGAUGAAAUAGGACCCAAGCACUGGACAGAUGAACGCUUUGAACAUGUCAUGAGGCUCAAACAAGAAGCCCUGAGCUUUGCCCGGGAUGAAAGGGCUGAUUACAUUUUGUUCACUGACACUGACAGCAUCCUGGCAAACAACCAGACUCUGAAGUUCCUCAUUGCACAGAACAGGUCCGUUGUGGCACCCAUGCUGGAAUCCCAGACGUACUACUCAAAUUUUUGGUGUGGGAUUACUCCUCAGGGCUACUACCGCAGGACGGCAGACUAUUUUCCCACCAAGAACCGGCAGCGCGUUGGGUGCUUUCCUGUCCCCAUGGUGUACGCUGCUUUCCUGAUCGAUCUACGUAAGGAUGACACCGCCAGCCUCGCCUUUUACCCUCCCCAUCCCAGAUAUACGUGGCCAUUUGACGACAUUAUUGUCUUUGCAUACUCCUGUCAAGCUGCAGGAGCCCAGAUAUAUUUGUGUAACCAGGAACACUUUGGCCACAUCAAUGUCCCUGUGAAGUCACAUCAGACACUGGAGGAUGAACGCAUCAACUUUGUACAUCUUAUCCUGGAGGCUAUGGUGGAUGGUCCCCCCAUGUUGCCUUCCAGCCAUGUCUACCUCCCUCCAAAGCACCCCACCAAAAUUGGGUUUGAUGAGAUUUUCCUCAUCAAUUUGGCACGGCGUCCAGACCGGCGGCAACGUAUGCUCGAUGCUCUCUUUGAAUUGGAGAUAGACCCCUUGGUGGUUAAUGCUGUGGAUGGAAGUGCCCUAAACAGCAGUGACAUCAAGAAGCUGGGUGUGGACUUGUUACCAGGUUAUUAUGACCCCUUUUCAGGCAGGACACUCACCAAGGGGGAGGUUGGCUGCUUCCUCAGCCACCAUCGUGUCUGGAAGGAGAUAGUUGAGCAGGGGCUGGAGAGAUCAGUUGUGCUGGAAGACGAUGUUCGAUUUGAGGCUUAUUUCAAGCAACGACUCUCGAGGCUGAUGAAUGACUUGGAGCAGGAACAGAUGGACUGGGAUCUGAUCUACCUGGGUCGAAAACAAGUGAACUCAGAGGUUGAGGAGCUGGUGGAAGAUGUGAGAAACCUUGUGGUUCCUGAAUAUUCCUAUUGGACAUUGGCUUACGUCAUCUCACGGAAAGGGGCUCAGAAACUGAUUGACGCACAGCCCCUCUCCAAAAUCCUGCCAGUGGAUGAGUUUCUGCCCAUCAUGUAUGACAAACACCCCAAUGAGGAUUACAAAAAACAUUUCAGCAGUCGGGACCUACAAGCUUACUCUGUGCAUCCCCUCUUGGCCUACCCAACCCACUACACUGGGGACGUACAGUGGAUGAGUGACACAGAGACCUCCACUAUCUGGGAUGACGACUCACGCAAGACUGACUGGAGCGGCUCACAGAAGACAUUGAAAGAUGCCCGCGGUGGCACUGGAAACACGGCCGGCCACUCCUUCCGCUCGCCUUCCAGGGAUGAGCUAUAACAUCUGCCCAGAUCCCUACCUGAGCCCUGUAAGACCAAAGAAGAUAAAAUAUCAGGACUUGAUUCUCCCAUCCUCCACCUUCUCUCAGGACACGCUGCGUUUGCUUGAAAGGUUUGAAUAAGGGAGGGCACUGUGUCAGAGACCAGUUUGUGCCCAUCCUCCCUGGUUAGUGACGGCACUUAAUAUGGAACUUCUUCUAAUAGCAACAGGGCUUCUUUCCUAUGAAUGACAAGAUGGCUUUGAAAUGGCCAUGACUUGGACCCCCCUUUCUUCUGCCUUCUUCUUAAUAUGGAAACAGAGAUGACUUUUUCCUCUGCAACUCACCUGGAUGAUGCUUCCUUUGUACAAAUGCUUGCUGUUAGAAUAGUCUAACAGUUCUGACUUUUAAAUUAUUGGGAUAAAUUAUUUGUAGAAGGUUGGGAUUUUCCUGUUCAUCUCACGUUUCCUUAGGUGCUAAGAAGUGAUGGUGGUUUCCAUGUAAGCCGACUCAAGAGACUACAGGACCACUUCUUUUUCUUAAAGACUCUGAUUCCAGACAGUGAUGUAACAGAAAUAUUUCUAUGUUCUUUCUGUCUCAGGUUUUUCUCUGUUAGCCUGGACUCAAGAAACCUUUGUAUUUUUUUACAACUGAAACAAGCAAAUUAAAUUGUGGAUUAAA